AUGUUCUACGUAAUUGGACUCGGUCUUUCCGACGAGAAGGACAUCACCGUCAAGGGGCUCGAAGCUGUGAAAGGAUGCGAGCGCGUCUAUCUCGAAUCCUACACCUCCAUCCUCAUGGUCGAGAAGGAAAAGCUCGAAGCAUUCUACGAACGCCCAGUCAUCACCGCUACAAGAGAGCUUGUCGAACUCGAGGCCGAUGAGAUUUUGAAAGAUGCCGACAAGGUCGACGUUGCGUUUUUGGUCGUCGGUGAUCCCCUCGGAGCCACCACCCACACCGACCUCCUCCUCCGCGCCAAAUCCCUCCAAAUCCCCACUUCAGUCAUCCACAACGCCUCCAUCCUUACCGCCCUCGGCUCCACCGGCUUGCAAAUGUACUCGUUCGGACAAACGCUAAGUAUGGUGUUUUACACGGACAGCUGGAAGCCGGACAGUUGGUACCCGAGGUUGGAGGAGAAUCUGAAGAUUGGAGUGCAUACGCUGGUGCUUUUGGAUAUCAAAGUGAGGGAGCAGAGUGAAGAGAAUAUGGCGAGGGGUCGACUGAUCUACGAACCUCCCCGCUUCAUGACCCCCUCCCAAGCCUUCAACCAAAUCCUCUACACCGAAUCCAAACGCCACCCCGCCCCCAAACCCCCCUCCGACAAACCCGCUCCCCAAAAGUCCGACUCUGACUCUGAAGACGAGGACGACUUUACCGACCCUUACCCCACCCUGCUCCCCCCCGCCGAGACACUGGCAAUCUCCCUCUCCCGAGUGGGCACCGCCACGCAAAAGAUCAUCUCUGGCACGCUUACCGAGCUUGCCGCUUUGCCUGAGGAAGAGUUUGGGGGACCUUUGCACUCGAUUGUGAUAGUGGGCAAGAGGUUGCACCCGCUAGAGUUGGAGUAUGCUGGCAAGUUUGCCAUUGGGGGUGAGCAGGGUGGGUGGUGGAAGGUUGGCAAGGAGGUGUAUGGCGUAGAGAGGGAGACUUUCUAG